AUGUUGCGAUUAAAUAAUGUGCGACUUUUCUUGAAAAGUAAAAUUCGAUUUAGUGGUGGCAAACAGCAUCCCAAAUGGGUUGUAAAGGACAAAGAGAAAUAUAAUAUAUAUACAUAUGACAAUUCAUAUUAUGGGGAAAAUUUCAGAUAUAAUAACUUUGUAUUACAUAUAAGAUCAUACAAAUAUUAUAUUGAUUAUAUAAUAGAAAACAUUUACAAAACUCUUAAAUGUUGUGGCAAAUUUUUCUUUAAUCCGUUAAAAAGUUUUAUUUUAAAACAUAAUCCUGAUGUUCGAUAUCAAUUAGUAGCUCUUUUGGCCUUUUUCGGAACAACGUCAGCUAUAACAUGUUAUCACAAUAAUAUUUAUCAAAAUAUUAUUGACGUAACAAAUAUGUUAGAGUUGGGAGUAGUAGAUGAUAUGAAAGACAAUAACUUUUUUGAUACACAAAGUGAAUUGCAGAAUAAAAACAUAGACGAUUAUAGUCAAGACCAUGAAAGGCUUACGGAUUUGUGGGAAAAGGCACUAAAAGAUGCAACACAAAAAAACAAUUUCAAUGAACUGUGCAAAUAUUUAAUUAUAAAAGAGGAUGAACCAAUAGUUCGUUUUAAACCAAAACAUAUUUGGAGAUACAACAUGAUACCUUAUGGGGAAAAUAAUCCAGACACACAGACAUUUCCAAUUCCUUCAUAUGAGAAACCAUUUAGGUCAUUUGCUUUAAAUUUUACAUAUAAUAAUUUAUCAGGUAAUUGGGGGGACUACAUUGACAGGAGAGAUAAUAAAGGAUCUUUAUUAAGACCAUCAAGAUACAUGUUCACGGAUGUACUCAUACCCGCAACAAAAUAA